AUAUUUUUAAUCCAGAAAUACCUUUUAGAUUGGGCUUUGUGUUGGGCCGGGUUGAGAGCUUAAAAAACAUGUUGUGUCUUCUUUGGUUGCUCCCUCUGCAUCUAAUCUUCAAAGAGCAGUGUAGUGAUAGCAAUGUUUCACCCAGCAGUGGUUGCAUCAUGUCCCUGUCCGAAUCCUUAUCCUUGGCGCCAUCACUUCCCCGGCGCAAGCGCAGGUUCAGUGACGGUGACGGUGACGGUGACCCCAAUACGAAUUGUGAGACAGAAGGCGGUGGUUGGUUCCAGAAUAAGGUGCAUGGCCAAUCCUAGAAGAGUCCAAAUGGUGGCCAAGCAAAUAAGGAGAGAGCUCUCUGAUAUGCUCCUCACCGACAAAGUGUUGCAGUAUGCUGUUCUUCCCGAAACUUCCUUAGGAGCCGACCGUUACCUAUCUUCCCUCACCACCAUCACUGAUGAAGUCUCCGGUGAUCUCCAGGUGGUUAAGGUUUUUGUCUCUGUUUUUGGGGAUGAAAGAGGGAGAGAAGUAGCCAUUGCCGGCUUGAAGUCAAAGGCUAAAUAUGUUCGCAGUGAAUUGGGGAAGCGUAUGAAGUUGCGCUUAACUCCUGAGAUACGCUUUAUUGAGGAUGAUUCUUUUGAGAAAGGAAGCAGGGUAUGCGUGCUUACUUUUGUGUUUGUUACUGUACAGUUGCAAGAUCCUUUAGUUUUCCUUGUCCACGUUUUUUCUUAGUUCCAUUAAGGUUGUUUAUUGGUCGGUGAAUAAUCCAAAACCAAGACCUUGUGCUUGCCAUUUGAAGCCGCGUCUGAUUGUUUUUAUUCGCUUUACUUUGCAUGGUUUAUACAGCAAUCUGAAGUGUGCAUAAACUGGUACAUCAUGUUUCAAUUUUUGGAUUUUUUUUAUUUGGGGGACCUAAAUCUACAUUUUUUGUUUCUCGUGGUGGAAUUGUGGGUCUCAUAAUUCCGGGAAGAAUUUAAAUAUCUUCACCAAUGAGGCAUCCUUUCAUAGUUCGUGCUUUCAUGUGCAAGUCAUUCUUUUUUUCUCAGCAAAUUGUAGGUGGCCACGCUUAUAUUGGAUGUGCUGUGAGUUUUUGCUAAUCUGAUGCAUCCACAACGCUGUAAUUUUCAGGUUGAUUGCUAUUAGAUAAAAUAAGAAUGAGAAGAGUUCAGGAAGGUCAAAACAGAGCGUUCGGAUUCAUAACAAAUGAGGAUGAUGAUGAUUGGGAAUGGGGAAAUCCAAGAAGGUGUCAUUUAUGUGGAAUAGAUGCCCCCAAUGCAUCAGUACAGUCACUGUGCCUUGUUUGGUGUGGACUGAUCUUUCGAUCUUGAUAGGUAUGUUUUAAUCUCAAGCAGCUCACUUUAAAUAAUCAUACUCUAAGGGAUGAUUUAAGCACUCUGGUCGAACAAAAAUAGUUUAGUCCUCAAAGCUUUCUGCUAGGUUUUUGUCAAAGAUGCACACAUAUACUUUACAUAUAUAUCCUUGAGAUUGCUCACUUCAUUCAGUUAUCAAAUGGAUGAUUACUUGUGGUGCAGUGCUCGGAACACCUUAACAAAAAAGCCUUGGUGGAAACAUGCUGUUCAAGUGUUCUCAAAUGCAACAUCAUCUGAAUACAAAGACCUUGCAUUUUCAACACCGAAGUGAUGUAGACCAAAUUUUGGUUUUUGGGUUUUCUCCCUAUAUAUCACUUAACCCAGGAUGUCAGUAUACAAGAGGAUUUGCUGUGUAAAUUCCUCUUUCUUUCUUUACUUAUUCCUGCAAGUGGAAUUUAGAAUGUUUGCUAUUGCUAUCCAAAUUUAGGUGUCUUCAACUGAUUACACUCAACUUCAUCCAUGUACAUGUGAUUUUGGUUUCUGUCUUUUUACAUGGACUUGGUUAAAUUUUGUGGAUUAUUGGAUCUCA